AUGCCGUUGACCGUUGAUUUCUUUUGUGCCUUCGAAAGGUUCCAAAUCCGCGACAUGGAAGACGAGAACAAGGAGCAAUGCCUGGAUCUGAUGCAGGAGACUUUCUUGAGGGAUGAACCGCUCUGCAGGAUAUUGGACAUCAACUCGGACCCAACAUCGAUCCAGACCAUCAGAGACAACUGGGAGGCGUACCUCUCUCAAGGAGUCAGCCUGGCGUGCUUCACGGAGGAGGACGGGAAGCCUGGCACUCUUGUGGGAUUCAAUAUUGUGCUGGUGAAGAGUAAGGAUGACCCUGAAGAGGAUAUGGAAAACGUAAAAGGCGAGUCCUGGAAGAAACUGCUCAAGACGUUAGUGGCUGCUGAGGACCUGGUAGACGUGUUUGAUCACUACGGCGUGGACAGGUUUCUGACGUCGAGCGGGCUUACGGUUCUGCCGGAGUUUCGAGGGCAGAACAUUGGCGGCAAGAUAUUUGCUGCUAGAGAGCCUCUCUGCAAAGCCCUCGGCAUCAAGGCUACAGCCACAGUCUUCACAGCCAUGACCUCCCAAGUUUUGGCAGCCAAGUGUGGAUAUGAAGUCCUGGCCGAACUGCCCUACUCCGCCAUGAUGAAGCAGGGUAUAGACCUGACCGACUGCGAGUGCAAGACUGCUAAGCUGAUGGGCAGGAAGUUCACGUAG